CCAAGCCGGGCUUUUCUCAAGACGUCGUCGCGUACGACUCCGUGGGAUCCGGCACGGGAAUCACGGGCUUCAACAGCGGCACCUACCUCAUUGCCGUCUCCGAUGACCCAUGACCGCCGCGCAAGAGGGCGCCGGCUUCUCUGCCAGCCCCGGCAAGAUCACCGUGCCGCUGUGCGUCUCCACCUUCGGCUUCUUCUAUAACGGGAAGCCCGGCCUUGUGCUGACGGCGACUCAGUCCUACCAGAUCUACAGCGGCACAAUCGCCACGUGGGCGGGCGUUACUGGCGCUUCAGCCAAGGGCCUUACGGGGGCCAUCACCCGCGUCGCUCGCAGCGACAAGUCCGGAUCGACCGCUAUCGUGAAGACCAUGUGGUCCAAGGCCGGGACGGGGUUCUCCGGCGCGACGGACGGCGUUGCUCUGACUUUCGACGGCCUCUCCAAGGUGGAGGGCACGAGUGCCGUGUGCGCCGCAGUUCUCGCCACCAAGGGCGCUAUCGGGUACGCUUUCACCGGAGGCUGCAGCACGGUUCGCAAACUACAGGCCGGGAAAUCAGCCUGUGUACAGGCUGUGUUCUGGACGUCAGGCUGAAAACGGACUGCAAACCGGGGUCGAUUUCCGUCUGAAAUCAUGGCACUGCCAUGCCUGUUCUUCUCAUGCGUAACAGGCGUAACUGCGCCUGUUUUCAGGGCCGUAUUUCCAGCGGAGUUCAAGCGUAUUACAUCCCGAUUUCGCACUGUUGUCACCCGCACUUUGCGCAUCCAACCACGUGGAAUGGUGGUCAUUAAUUGAAAUAAUGUACAACCAUUUCCUGUACUUUGUUAUAUAACG